UUAGCUGACCGUGGUCCUGAGAUGCCUGUAGCAGUGGUCGUGUGCAAGCAAUGCCUGCUGACACCCCCUAUGCAUAAGGGCUAAUGUGAACUUACAGCUAGUAGUGAAAAGGAGGAGGUGGGAUACUGUGCUGUGUUGGAGCGUGUGACAUGGUGAACAGAUAAGUAGGAUUUAAAUCUCCUAGUAAUUUGAAGUGGGGUGAGUGACGGCUGUCAAUCAUCCUUAUGGGCUCCUCCCAAACUUUGUUUAGAAAACAUCAUUUAGCGGGCCCAAAUUCAUCUGAGACAUUUCAGUCAACAUAUAGUUACAUUUGCAGGAGUUCUCUCACAUACUGCCACAUUUCCUUCUUAGAAUUGUGUCUGGAUGACCCUGGUUUUUGUGGUUCCUGACCUCUCUUAAGCAUAUUUGAUUUGCUCUGUUCACGCUGAGUCAAUUCUGCUGAAAGAGGGUCUCCAGGAAUUAUUAAAAUUUUCAUAUUUGCUCGAAGAAAAAAAAAAAAGAUUCUUGUCUAAUUCACGUAAUAUUAACUACUUACUAACCGAGAGUGAGGACAUGCCGGGAAAUAUCAAACUGAGGCUUUAACGUAUAGACCAAUUUUCACCCUACGUCAGAACGACGUCACACAGGUUCAACCGCGCAAGUUGGUUGCAAAAGACAACCAGAAAAAUGUCGUGUUGUGCUGUGGGAUGCCAGAAUCGGAAAUCUGUAAACAAGGAUCUUAAGUUUUACAGAAUACCAUCAGCUAACAAUUCUUUUAAUGCCAACCGCAGACGUCGUUGGUUACAAGCCAUCAGAAGAGCCGAUUGGAACGAAGACCAUAUUAAAAAUGCCAGACUCUGCAGUUCACACUUCAUAUCAGGAGAGGUAUCCAUGGACUUCAAUAGUCCCGACUUUGUACCUUCUGUCUUUUCCUUCUCAACCCAGGGUGAAAUAGACAAUGGCGAUACAAAACUUGAGAGAUUUAAGAGGAAAAGAAAAAGGGAAGAAACCACCCACAGACCACCAGAUGAUGUACAGCGGUCCAAAGAAGCUAGUGAUGAGGUUGCAUCAGAAUCUUCUGGAGCUUGCCUGUCCUCAGAUGACAGCAGAAUGGAGCCUGGUGCGGAUCCAUGCACUGAAGCCACAGUCCCAAAGGUUCUCCAUGAUGAUCUGAAACACAAGUACAGCCAACUUUCUGCAGAGUGUGUCAACCUGCGUUUGGAGAUCGACAAACUGAAAUCUGAGAAUGAGGAACUAAAGGCCACACUCACAAAUACACAAUUUUCCUUUAGCUCUAUCAAGAGUAAAGCAGUGCAGGUUCUGUUUUUUACAGGUCUGACCAGUGUCUUAUUUGAGUGGUUGAUUCACAAACUUAAAGACAGUGUAGAGGUUGUGCGUGGCUCUAUGAACCUGAAGGAUCAUCUAUUAAUCAUCCUAAUGAAACUAAGAUUAGGGCUCUGCAACAAGGAUAUUGCUUUCAGAUUUAAUGUCACAGAAAGUGACAUCUCAAACAUUUUGAGAAGUUGGCUCCCUGUUAUGUCUGCAACUUUAAAGCCUCUCAUAAAGUGGCCAAGCAAGCAUGCAGUAUUAAAGAAUAUGCCAAAAUGUUUUAAACCUAAAUAUAAACGUUGCAGGUGCAUUAUUGACUGUACAGAAAUUUUUAUCAACAGACCCACAAAUUUAACCUCCAGAGCCCAGACUUACUCGACUUAUAAAAGCCACAACACUGUUAAAUAUUUGGUUGGCAUGUCACCUUCAGGAGCCAUUUCUUUUCUGUCGGCAGGUUGGGGUGGGCGAGUUUCAGAUAAACAAAUUACAGCUGAGUCUGGAUUUUAUGACCUUCUAGAGCAUAAUGAUGAGAUACUAGCAGAUCGUGGUUUUACCAUCAGAGAUGAGCUUGCCACACGUGGUGCCACCCUUAGGAUCCCUCACUUUACCAAAGGUAAAAAGCAGCUCUCUGCUCAAGAAGUGGACAUAUCAAGGCGUUUGUCUAAUGUGAGAAUACACAUUGAAAGAAUAAUAGGUAGAUGGAAAAAUUUCAAAAUUCUGACUACUGUUAUUCCACUCACACAGGUUGACCUCUUGGACGAUAUUGUGAUUGUGUGUGGAGCAUUAACAAACCUUUGUAAAUGUAUAGUCCCAAGACAUUAAGCUUAAUUUCGAUUAAUUCUGUAAGUAACUGUUUAUUGUCAUAAACACAAUUAAUUGCACAUUCAAGUGUUUAAAUGUAAAAUAUUAGUACUGUAUUAAAUCAUUUGCU